AUGGCGGAUCAAUAUCAGCCCCCGAGGGCCGAAAGCGUCUCUCCAACACCCUCCUCUCCCUCGUCGGAGACUCCUCCAUUGUCCUCGUCGGAAACCCGAUUCCCGCACCCGCAGCGCUGGUCUCGCAGGGAUGCGAGCCAUCGCCUCUCGGGAAGCAUUUCGCGGUCGCAGCGGAUAUCGUCCGGGGCGCAGGGCUGGGUGCGCGACCAAUGGACGACGUAUCUCAGAUGGAGCGAGAAGAUGUACGCGGCGUUCUGGAAGAUGUCGUUGCUGCAGCGGUCGCUCGUUAUUUUCGUCAUUUUGCUGGGGUGGACGUUUAUCAUCUUGUCCAUCUUGUACUCGGAGGCCUUCUUUGCUUGGCUGGCGACGGUGUCAAAGUCGUGGCGCGAGAUUCCCGGUGGCUGGCUGAUUGCCUUUAUGCUCAUCUUCGUCACCUCGGUUCCGCCCAUUAUAGGAUACUCGACCGCCAAUACCAUCGCCGGCUUCGUUUACGGAUUCCCCAACGGCUGGCCCAUUGCUGCGUCGGCAUGCAUUAUCGGCAGUCUGGCUGCCUUUAUGGCCUGCCGAACCGUGUUGAGCGGCCAUGUCAACAAGCUGAUUGGAAACGACCACCGCUUUGUUGCGCUCGGCCAGGUUCUGCGUAGGGACGGGAUCCUCUACUUGACGGGCAUUCGUUUCUGCCCGCUGCCUUUUAGCUUGAGCAACGGCUUCCUUGCAACGAUCCCGAGCAUAUCACCUCUAUCAUUUGUCAUCUCAACAGCAUUGUCAACGCCGAAACUCCUCAUUCACAUCUUCAUUGGCAGCCGUCUCGCCAUCAUCGCUGAACAGGGCGACGCUAUGCCCCUCCGCGACAAGAUCGUCAACUACACCGGCAUGAUCAUCGGCGGCGCAAUCGGUGCUGCCGCCGGCUUCAUCAUCUACCGCCGCACCAUGGCCCGUGCCGAGGAGCUCGCCCGCGAGGAG